GUAUGAAUCCGUAUUCUGCUAAUUUUGAUUGUAUUAAGCAUAUUAAUACACUCUUUCCCAACGAAUAAUCACUUGUGGGCAUAGAUACUGAAAUUGAGAAGCUUCAAUCUGAACUUACUCAACUCUAAUCUGAAUUAUAAGAAGACAUCCAUGAACAUGCAGUCAUGUAAAAUAAAAUAUGGAGAGAUGUUCAAGAUGUUGAAUAACUCUCCUAAGGAAUUGUUGCCGAAAUUCAAGAGAUCAAAUAAAAAGCAGAAAAAAGUGAGGACUUAGUUUACUCGAUGUGUAAAGACAUUAAAUCAUUAGACAUUGCAAAAAGAAAUCUAACAUUUUCAAUUGCAGCUCUAAAAAAAUUUAUUAUGAUGUUAACAGCAAUUGAGAAAUUGAAAGAACAUUGUAAAGAAAAAAAAUAUGCAGAAGUAGCCAAUCUGCUAUCUGCAUUUACAGAAUUAUCAUAAUACUUUGUUAAAUUUUAAAAUAUUCCAUAAAUUUUAGAAAUAAAUGGAGAAAAAGAACAAUUGAUAAAGGAUCUUAAACUCUAGUUGAUAGAUGAUUUCAUCUUGUUCUAAAAAGGCACAAAUUUAAUGCAAGUCAAAGAUUUAUAAGAUGCAUGUCAAACAGUUGAACAUUUGGGAUUGAAAUUCAGGGAUGAAUUGAUUCAAAAGGUAUGCAAAUACAUAAUAUCUCCUUAUUAAGAAUUAUUUUAAUAAUUAGAAAACAGAAGUUUAGAAACUACCGAAAGAAGAUAUGCUUGGAUGGCUAGAGUCAUUAAAGAUUUUGAUACAAAAACAUAAAAUGUAUUCCCAGAAUACUGGGCAGUACAUUGUCAGAUUUACUAUGAAUUUUGUGCUGUGACUAGACUCUAAAUAACUGACAUCUUGGAAACUCUAAAAGAUUUGGAUGUUGCUGUUUUAAUGAAGGCAUUACAAGCAACUCUAAAAUUCGAAUAGAAACUCAAUGAUGAAAUGAAGAAAAGAUAUGAAGAAUGGCUUGGCAAAAAGAAUACUAAUCAAUUUGCCAUUUCAGAAUUACCCAAAAUUAAAGGAGCUAUUUCUGACAGUUUUGAACCCUAUUUAAGACCCUACAUAGAUAGUGAAGAGAGAGAGAUUAUGCAACACAUCUAAACCAUAUUAAACUCAGAUAAAUUGGACGUUGAAGGGGACUUAAAAAUUUUGAAUUCGUCUAUGAGUAUGUUUGCCUACUUUAAAUAAAUGCUCAAAAGAGCUUCACAAUAUAGUAGAACCUAGGUUAUGUUUGAUAUUUAAAAAUUAAUAAAAAAGGCUUUGAAGAGAUAUUCAGAUGAAAUUAUAUUCAAAAUUAAUUAAUCCAGAAAUAAUGAACAACUCUCAUAGAUCUUAUGUUGUUUUGUGAUCAAUACUGCAGAAUAUUGCAAAGAGACUAUUCCUGCAUUAUAGGAGAGUUUGGUCUAACAUUUGGACUCCCCUUUCUCUGAUCAAGUUGAGUUAUCAAAUGAGGAGGAAUAUUUCAAUUAGAUGAUGAACAAAUCAAUUGAAACUUUAUUAGUUUAUGUUGAUUCUAAAAUAGAUUAAUUUUAUCAAUAAAUGCUAAAGAUCGACUGGAAUGAAUUCGAAAAUAUGGGAGAUGCAUCUAAAUAUAUAAGAGAAACCAUUUCCUUUCUGGAAGGACACAUUAAAACAAUAAAAGAUCUAUUAUCAGAAUCCUAUCUCAUAUUUUAUUUGAACAAACUUGUUGUAUAUCUAAACAAUAAGUUUAUAAAUUCAGUUUUCAGAAUUAAGAAAAUUAGUGAAGUAUAUUAUCAAUUAUAUUCAAUUUUAGAUUGGAUUAUCAUAAUUGAUGUUGGAUGUUUCAGAAUUGAAAACAAAUUUAGUUAGAAUUUCAAAAUUAAAGUAAGAAUCCAAAUCAUAAUAAUCAUUCAAUAAUUUUGUUUAGAAGACAUUAUCAAGGAGUGAUUCCAUUUUAAAAUUAAUACAAAUGAGUAUUGAAAAAUUUGUUGAGAAUUUCCCAGAUUAUGCAAAGAAAUAUGAAUCAGCUCCAACCGAUUUAGAUAAGAUUCUAGGAUUGAAACAAUUAAGAAGACAAGAUGUUCCUCAAUUAAAUAAAUUUUUCACAAAGAUUAAUUGA